UACCACUUUCCUGGUUCCAGAGUAAAUUUCGUGCCUUCAUAGUUGGGUUUGGUGAAGAUGUCUACGGACCGGUUCUGAGAAAAAACGAUAGCAGAGGAGACGCCUUCACUUGUUCCACUUGGGAAAAUACUGUUCACAUCAGCGCAACUGUCAUGAAACCACUACAGAAAAAAAAAUAUAAAAAGAUAGCACUCAGAUUAUGUCAGUAAAGACCUUCGUGAGGUCUGGAUCAGCAUUAAGACUACUUUAUAUACAACACGGGUACAAACAGAAAAAAAAUAAAUACUAACAAACCAAGAUGGAAUUCACCCCCAGGGGGUGAUCCCUGUAAUGACCUAUACGGGGAGGCUCCGCCCGAAUGAGGUACCUUUUUCAGGCUUUAGGUAUAUGAAAGGGUAGGAAUUUUUAUUGGUUUGUGCCGCCCCAAAGGGUAUGGUUUUUGCGCCGUUUUGGUCUGUAAACGGGUAUACACUUAAUUACCUGUUUUGGUCUGAACGCGGGUAUGGUUUUCGAGGGAAUGCAUGAACAUAUUUGUCGUUUCAAUUUCAAAUGAAUAAGAAAGAAAGAGUAAUAUGCGUAUCCGAGGUGGAUUUUAAGAAUAAAAGUAUCUGAUACAUGAUCUCAGUUAGACCGUUAAGGUUUCUGCUUGCAAACAGAUAUUGAAAAUAUCAAAAAUUAACUGAACUUAAACUUUAAAACAUAUUAAAAAUUAACUGAACUGAAACAAGCAUCAUUAAAAAUAAAAUUACUCAUCCUAUAUUACUAUAUUUGAUACUAUCGUACCUCUUAGCAGAUUAUUGAAUCGCAAGGUAAUUUUUUACGAGAAAAUUAGUUUCUUUUGAGAAUAAUGAUUCCAGACCAGAGUUCACAAAACAAAGCCAGUUCAAGUAAAAAGCCACUGAAAUCUCUUUUCUAACCGGCUUCAGCUGAAUCUUAAAGUAAAACUGAAAAAAAUCUUUGGUGUCUCACAUCCACAGGUGAGAGGGAGGUUUGAUCUAUUUGCGUUGUUUUUAGGAACAGUAAAGCAGAACUAAGAGAACAUAGGUUUCCCCAGUUAUUACUGAAUAAGUUCAUUUAUUAUAUUCGCAGUACCUUCCUAUCUCCACCAUAGAGAAAGUGUUCAAACAAAACGAUUCCUCCGUCUAUCAGGAACAUGGAACCAUUGACGCUAGUUAUGUCUACGUCUUUUACUCCAUGUUUUACAAUCUUGAAAGUGUCUUCUGUGCCCCCUUCCUUGUCAUUGUAGUUUGGAUUAGUGUAGAGGACCCAGGUCCCUGCUGUAACAUCGGCUUUUAUGAAAUUACGGCUUUUCAGGUAGAUUCGGUUCUGACUCUGCAAACUCGUACGUGUACGUGCUGCGGUAGAUAGACACGGAAAUAUCAAAUAAUGCAAAUAUGUUUACCAUAAUUGACUUUUUCAUGCUAAACCGCUUUAUUCCACAAGAUUUUUUGUCCAGGUUUUUUGCAUUUAAGAGGCCUUGUGCGAGUGAACCUUACUAAGUCUACUGAUAACCGCCUUGCUUAAAAAUGCCGAGAAGUGGAAGGUCGAAGAGAGAAACAAUUUCCAUUUGUACAUUAACGUCUCCGAAUCCCUUCAAUCAUUUGGGAGAGGUCUCGUCGCUGCAGUGGCACCCAAACUAUAGACGUGAUUUCCAGCUAUCUUUGCAUAGACUUUUACCUACCUUUGUCUGCCAAGCGUUGACCUUGGAGCGGGUAGACUGCUUGCAGUCCGCCUUUUCUCUUAAAAUCCGUCUAGUUCUCAUCUCAUCCAGCGCGAUUGCAAACCACGACGUUAUUAUUACAAUAAGGGAUUGAGACGACAAAAGAGAUGUCAAGUGCCAAGUGUCCUAGACUACGAGUAGUCCCCCAUUUUUCCUCAGGGAUAGUAGAGAGAGCGAAACGCGAGCGGACGUGAAAAUCACCCCACGCGAGAAAAGGCCACGUGCUACAAGUGUCCAAGUGUCCGCUUAAUAGUAGCCUCACGUUCGUGGGGCAGGAACGCGUGACGAACCCCUAAGCUUCUGCUUGGAUGAUAGCUUUUUUUUUUUUAUAAAAUAAUAGAGGUUUGCAAAAAUUGCGCAAUGUUUGUUAACGGUUAACAUUCAGCGGUUACCCUGUACUGUGAUAAAGUUUCACAUUGUAAGGAAGGAUUUGAUUGUGAAUAGCUGUACUUUGCGCAAGACUUUUCGGUGAACUUUGAUCACGGAUGACAAUCAUGCGACCGGAUAUCGUCUAAUCUACAGUUUAUUGACAGCUAGAUGCAUUUAUUUAAAAAUGUAUGUAUCUAUUUCAAAAUCGACUACAGUACGUAUUUCAAGGACGGAAUCCAAUACUGUGGAUAACUGCCGGCUAAUAUGCAGUUGCAUAUGUACUUUCCAACUUGUGUGAGGAGGAGAUAUCCACCUAGGAAAACACAUUCCUCUACAAGCAGAGGUUUCACUGGAGAUAUCCACCUUGGGAAACACAUUCCUCUCCACAACUGAACAGAUGGUUUCAUCGAAACGUGCCAAAAAUCAUAUUUCUGUAUAUUAAAAAGGACAGGAAAUAUACUGUAAAAAAAAACUUUCAAUAAAAACCAUUAAUAAUAUAUUUAAUGAUGAUCGUGAGCGCGAGCAUCAAAUAACUUAACGUAUCUUUUCCGUUUUUGUUCUCCUACUGACUGCAAUAAUGAAUAUUUUAUGAGUUCCUUAUUCAUAUUUUAGGACCUAUAUUUAGGAAAUGUAGUACCUUUAACAUUCGACCAGUAAUUUUGAUUCAGUCUGGUAGCCUCAUCAACUUCUUUCUCUUAGUUUUUAAAAUUAGAUGGGGCCGCUCGCUUAAUGGUACUGCACAAACUGUUAACACCUUUGUAGCUGUAAAAUAAAUUAGUAUCACCGGCAAAGAUAAUGUUUCAUGAAUUGAAUCAUUAUUUUCAUUCCGAUUCCUUUAAAAAUUUUUAUAUAACACAUUUUUUGUUUUCCUUGAAUUUAGGAUUCCUUUUGAUAUCCAAGGUACUCUCUGCCCGUUUUCACUUUUCUUUUUACUGGGUCUCAUUAAUGGUACGUUUUUGUUCAACAACUGAUAUAAUUUAGUGUAAAAGUGAUCUUAAAACCGUUUUACCGUAAACAUCAAUAUUCGGUCUUCACAUUCCAAGUCUUGGCAGAGGUAAUUUAGCAUUUUAUCAUCAAUUAACCUAAAUUUGUUUUUUUUUUUGUUACCCUUUUGACGUUUGAGCUUUUGCAAGCAAGUUACCCAUUGUUACGAACACUAGUAAGUGAUCCGAAAGAUCUCACGGUAAAAAGGAUACCACAUUUAUAGUUCUCUUCUAUUUUGUUUACAAAUAUAUUAUCAAUCAGGGUCGCAUUAGUAUUGGUUAUUCUUGCUGGCCUUGUGAUUAUGUGUAAAGUGAUGAAGAAAAAUAUUUUUGAUGAAGUUAUGAAUAUAUGAAAAUCAUAUAAUUAUGUGAACUGCGGAGUGAAGAAUUAAAUGAAGGAAGAUCAUCGCCGUUAUAUACGCAAGUUUUGCAGUUGCGAAAAGAAAGCCUGAAAAAAAAAAAAAAAAAAAAAAGGCUUGUGCAGGUUCGAACCCUUGACCUCUGCGAAACCGAGCAGCGCUCUACCAAUUAAGCUAACAUGCCAACUGAGAGAAGGUCUCACCUGCUUUCAGUUGGCUUGUUAGCUUAAUAAUUGGUAGAGCGCUGCACUGGUAUCACAGAGGUCAAGGGUUUGAAUCCCACUUAUGUCCAGGUUUCGCACGUAGCAGCAAAAUUGCGAUUUUUCGUGUGCGAUUUCUCAGGCCCGUAACCGGGGGGGUGCACGGGUUGCGUUCGCACCCCCCCACAGGCCCCAAAGGUCCACAUUUUGAUACUCAAUAUCCAAGUUGAGGAGUGCGGUCGGUUAAACUGAAGUUUCAAACUUAACAGUGAUAUCUAAACAAAAUCAAAGAAUGAAAAAAGCAGUAGUGUAUUCACUGGGAAAAUAAGACCAGCUCUACUCUAGUAGCCCGAGCCAUUCAGAAUAUUUCAAUGAGUGCACAGAUGUCUGAGCUUACGUAUUAAUGUGCACGCUUUGCACGGGAGUUUACGACGAGCAAGACAAUGACAAGGGAACGAUCUCACGAUUUUUGUCAGACACGUCCGCUAACGCGUCGGGUAGUAUUCUCUGUUUGGACGAGCACAUGAACGCCCGAAGAUGCAAAAUAAGUUUUUUGUGUAAUACGUUAUGGGUACGAGAGAACAGGAAAAUAGAAAGAGGAAGGCUGCAGCUAAAUCUUGCCAGUCUCUCGAUACAUGGGUUAGUAAAGUACCCCGUCAAGAGCCAUUAGACGCUGACAAUGUCCACCAGUCUUGAUCCGUUAUCAUGCUCUAAGAUUUAGUCGCUACACCCACGCAGGCUGGAGCUCGGGACUAUUCUGAGGGAUUAGUUCCGCAGUAUUUUGAUGUUUCAUUUUACAUCGUAAAAUUACUCCUUUAUAACUUAAUUCAAACUGUUGUAUUCGAAAAAUGUAAUAUUCAGUUCCUACUGUGUACUUUGCGGUUACAAUUUCUCAUGUAUUUCUACUUUCCUAAACAAACGGAUCAGAAAAUAAAAAAUACAUUUCGGUACGUAGUUGGGUCCACUUUGGCCUCGUUAGCACCCCCCCACAUAAAAUCCUGGUUACGGGCCUGAAUUUCUCGCAGUUCUUUGUCAUGUUAAGGUUCACUCCUCUCGUGUUCGUGAUCACUUAAAAAAACCGUUUGCCGAUUUUACCAAAUUUGCUAUACUCCAAAAAGUUUCCGCUUUACUUGCCAUUUUGGCUAGAUAUGCUUUAACUGCGCUGACAUCGAAAUCACGCAAAAGCCAACGCAGCCAAUCCGUUAAAUAAAGGUUUGUUAUCUAAUGGUUCGAGUUAUAUAUUCGUGAGAUUCCAUUGUAUUUCAAGUUUCAUGUUAUGCCUUCUUUAAAUUACGAGUUUUUGAACAAGCUAUCAACAUCAUUAAUGUAUUUUCAACUGGUCAAAGUUAUAAAUUCACAUUACAUCUUGGCCUCUUUCUGAGUGCCCAAGAAGUACUUAAGACGGAAUCCAUCCGGAAACAUUGACAUUGAGUAAUUUCAAUUUUCAGUGUACAAACCUUGUACCAGAAUAAUUUAAACAAUAUCGCAUUCUUUUUUACAUUUUUCAAGGGCUAUAGGGCAAAUGACAGCAACUAGGAAACUCUAAGGGUAUAGUUCAACUGGAAAUACCGCUGAACCUUCUGACUAAUCAAAAACCCGGAUUUGGAUUUGCCGAUAGCAACGCGAAAUCCGUUUUAAUUUUAAUUUAAAUCCGUUUUAAUUUUAAUUUAGGGAUCUUAGUUUUCUUAUAUAAUUUCGAAAACAAAGACUCCUCUUAGUUUUCGUUGACGAAAACUAACACCCCCCACAAAACCAUUCCGAAAAUAUACAUGUAUAUGAAGUCGAAUUACGACCGUUCAAAGGCUAUAAUCCGUAAAACAACCAAAAACUAUAAUCCGCGUGCUGACAUUCUUGAAAUUUAACAGAUUCUACAAUCGCUACGAUGAUCAUGAAGUCGAAUAUCUGUGAAUGUAAUUUCAGUCAGCAAACUUGAAUAGAAUGUUUAUCAUUAUAUCAAACUUCAGACACUAUGAUAAAGAGGAAACAUUUGUCGUGUCUACAAAAUUGCAAAAACUAUUUUUCACAAUGGUCUACAGUCAGACUAGUUACGUAUUGCAGCUUCUGAGUCAGUAAAGUGAGAAUGUAACUAGUUGCUCCAAGUGGCUUCGUGGGCUACAAUCAAUGAAGAGGUAAUUAAGUGGCUAAUUAGCAGAAAGAUUUACAAUCACGUUUACGGCCUUCAUUUCGGGGCAAAUUGUCUCUGAGAUGUUAGCCGGUUAAACUCAGAAAACUCCAUACAAACCCUUCUUUUUGGGUCGACCCCCAAAAAAUUUAGAAGGGUUUGUAUGGAGUUUUCUAGGCAUAACUGGGUACGAUCUCAGAGACAAUUUGCCCCGAAAUGCUCAUUUUUGGUAAGUGGGCCUCUUGGACAUUUUUCUUUCAGAAUAUCCUGACAAAUCCCAUAAUUUCAGAAAUUUCAUUUUUAUGACGUCAUCACUUUAGUACUCUAUAGCGCUGCGCCCAGCUACUAUUUUAUAUAAACCCGAACCUCAGACAAACAAACUGAAAUUAACGUUUUGUCUGUAUUUUGUCAUUAAAAUGAGAAAAAUGACAAAACUCAGACUAAAAUUGCAAAUAAGUCACUCUGACUCUUGUCAUUUAGUGUUCAUUACUCUACAAAAAAGUUAGUUGUUUUACACCAGUUUUAUCCAUAAGAAUUGUUUUGAGCUGUAUUUGUCUCCCAAUUUUCUAUUUUUGAGAAUUUCUAAACUUGCAGAUUUGAUGAAAACAGGUUAAGAGUGGCGCUUGUUUUCCCCAUAGUUUUUGGGUAUUAGGAUGCCGACUUUGCUUUUUUCUUCACAGCAACAACAAUGAAAACAACGAAAUUGCAGUUUGUUAGCACUGUCUUUUUAAAUGAACGCUGUGCCCAUUAUGCUGUGCCCGGCUAAGUGAAUAAAAGUUUAACUCGGUAGUAAAACGCCGGGUGAUUCAAUGAGGGUCUGGAUGAGGCGGUACAAAUGUCAGUUGUCAGUUAAAAUUUUGGCCGUUUGUCAGUUGUCAGUUAAAUGUAAUAGUUUUUCAUUUUUACCACAGAUGGUACAUGACAUGGGUUUUAUAGUAAAUCAUCAACGAAAUAUGACACUUAAGGGUCUUGCUGCUAAGAUUACCCCCCAAAACGCACAUUUGAUCACAUUGUCUGAAGAAAAGAGCAGAACAAUGCUAUUUAAGGCCUUAAAACGGGUUUUGUAGAAAAUAAGGGACAAUCAGGUCCUUUGUCAGUUGUCAGUAAAACCCAAAGCAAAUGCCAGUUGUCAGUUAAAUUUUAGGCUAUUUGUCACAGUGUCUGGAGUUAAAAUUUUGACCAUUUGUCAGUUGUCACUUAACCCCAUCCAGACCCUCCUCAAUGUGAACAAAAAUAAAAGAUGAACAAACACUACACAAAAGAAAAGAAUUGGCUUUAGUUUUUAAAAAUUUAAACUGAGUGGUCGAACCCGAACUCAAACCCAACCGAUAGUUUAAAACAUCAAACAAAACAAGCGAACUACUACCUAUGUUUUCAGGGUCUGUGUUUUCUAGACAAACGCUCUCCAGAGUGGAAAUUUUUUUAUCCGAUACGAAUACGUAUACGUGUGGACUUUCGUAUCCGGAAAUUUUCGAAUACGCUUUCGUCAUUCUCUUGGAUCCAGUCUUCACGGCGAGCAUUAUAAACAAACAUGGCGUACAGCAAGGUUGUAGCUUCUUUGUUAGUUACUCUGAUUUCUAGUUUGAUAUCAUGCGUUCCGAUAAAUGCAGCUGUGAUAAAUUUUCACAACCAAUACAUUAGAGAUCGACAGGAUGUUUUGAGAUUCUUAUCAAUGAACAGUGGGCAUCAUAAAGUCAAAAAAAGAGCGAACCAUCCGUUUUAGGGUCGAUUGUUAUGAAUAUAAAAUGCAAGUAAAUAAUGAUCAAUUCGCUCUGCAAAAGAAUCCUCUGCGAUUGAGAGCGAGAGAACGCCUGUAAACAUUGUUAACAAAGGGUCGUUCCGGUAUACCCUCUUAUUGGUCGAGUAUGACACGUUCUGUUAACACUCGAGCACUGGUGACAUUGAUGAGGAAUGCGAUAUGGAGGGAGAGAGAGACAUCUGUUAUCGAAUCACCCUGACAUCGAAGCUGCUAUAAACGAUGCAAUCGAGCAUUUCCUGUAUGAGGAAUCUUUUCGUGAAGAGCAGAAAAGUUGCUUGCAUCUCGUUUGCCCAUUGUUACGAACACUAGUAAGUGAUCCGAAAGAUCUCACGGUAAAAAGGAUACCACAUUUAUAAUUCUCGUCUAUUUUGUUUACAAAUAUAUUAUCAAUCAGGGUCGCAUUAGUAUUGGUUAUUCUUGCUGGCCUUGUGAUUCGAUUAUGGGUAAAGUGAUGAAGUUAUGAAUAUAUGAAAAUCAUAUAUGUGAACUGCGGAGUGAAGAAUUAAAUGAAGGAAGAUCAUCGCAGGUUAUAUAGGCAACAUUUGCAGCUCCCGCCCUGUUUUCCUUGGCUUCCUCCCCUUAGCCAAGUUCUCUCCCGCCUCCCAUACCCCUCCCGUCCCCUAUUCGCCCGGUUUUUCUGUCCCCUGUCCUCCCCUGCAUGACAAGUGUUUUCAUAUCAGUUCUUAAUCGCCUAAACACCUUUGAACGAUUAUAUGGAAACUAAGCUUUACUUGACAUCCGUUUUUUGGGUCGAUUGAAAUGCAAGUAAAUAAUGAUCAAUUCGCUUUGCAAAAGAAUCCUCUGCGAUUGAGUUCGCGUCUAACGUUUUAGUGAUUUGGUUUAGGGCUUUCCGCUGAUAGAGGCUUGAUGCCCCACUAAAUUUUCAAUUCUAGCUUGAGGAAAAACAAAGAAAAGAAGCCAGAGAGAGAAAAGAAGCUGGUGUAGAAUGGAAAACAAAGGUUAGUUGUUCUUCAUUCAUAUAA